AGAUGUCAGAACGGGAGUCAUUAGGAGCUGCACAUCCCCUCUGCCUUCCUCUCUGCGCCUUUCAGCCACAAUGAACGGGCUCUUCUGAGGAAGACGCGCCUUUCAGGAGGCGAGCAGGAAAGGAGGCGAGCUGUUUGGACUAUGAGCCCCCUCCGGAUCACAGGUUAACGCAGCACCUGAAGCGACUCUUUGGGACAGUUGUCAGUCACUGUGGAUUCCUCAGGUUUGUCUCCAUAGCAACGCCUUGCUCCUCCUGACCACUGCUGCCAACUCGCCCUGUCUGCCACGUGAAAGCUUCCUCCCCAUCCUCUCGCCUGAUCAACCCUGAGUUCUGCCGGGAUGGACACAGAGUCAACCCACUCCGGCUACUCCAGCCGCUCCGGGAGAUCAAACCGACACGGAGAUCGAAGCCGUGAGCGUCACAAAGCCAGCAGCAGCAAAGACAGCAAUCGCUCCGAGAGAUCGGUGGUCAUCAACCCCCCCGACACAUCGUCUCAGGACUCCCCGGUCCACAACGGAGAGCCGCUGCCCGGUGAACCCGCACCAGCGUCCGCAGAAAAUGGGGACGAGGCGCAGGAUGAUAACUGGGCAGAAACCACCACGGCGGUGACGGGCACCUCCGAGCUCAGUGUUUCCCAGGAGGAAGUGGUUGGUCUGGGAAAGGAGAUACAGGACCGAACCCAGAGCUUCCGGCGCUACCUCCCCCUGGCUGUGGGUUUAUGUGUGGGCCUGCUGGUGCUGGCCACGCCUCUGGUCUUUCUGCUUCUUCCAGCUGUGAUGUGGCCCGACAGACUGCAGGCCUGUGGAGCCGCCUGCGAGGGGCUCUUCCUCUCCAUCUCCUUUAAGCUCCUCAUCCUCAUGGUUGCUAUUUGGGCCUUGUUUUUGAGGCCGGGCCGGGCCUGCCUGCCCAGGGUGUGCGUGUACCGUGCCUUCCUCACCACCCUCACACUCCUCCUCACCAUGUCUUACUGGCUUUUCUAUGGAGUCCGGAUUCUGGAUGCUCAGGACGAGGAUUUUUACGGCAUCGCCCAGUUCGCCGUGUCGCUGGUGGACUCCCAGCUGUUUGUUCACUACCUGGCCGUGGUUCUGCUGGAACUGCGGCACCUCCAGCCGUGCUAUAGCGUGUGUGUGAUCCGCUCCACCGACGGGGAGACCCGUCACUACAACAUGGGACAGCUAAGCAUUCAAAGAGCUGCCUUGUCCAUUUUGGAGUACUACUACAGAGACUUUCCACUGCACAACCCAUCCAUUCUCUCUGCCGCCAAGCAUCGAGCUGCCAAACAUCUAGCCGGGUUAAAGGUCUACAAUGUAGACGCCCCAGGGAGCACAGCAGCAGCGCAAACUAGCAAUGGAAAUCAGUCACGGGCUACGGUCGCAGCUGCAGCCAAACGCAAAGAUAGCGCGCACAAUGAGCUGUACUAUGAAGAGGCUGACUACGAAAGACGAGUCCGCAAACGCAGAGCCAGGCUGGUUGUAGCAGUGGAGGAGGCCUUCACGCAUGUCCGUCGCAUGACAAAGGAGGACGAGAACGCACCACCUUCAGACAUCAUGGAUGUGCGUGAAGCAGCUUUGGCCGUGUUUCCGUCUAUGGCUCGGUCUCUGCAGAAGUACCUCCGGACCACCAGGAGGCAGCACUGCCACAGCAUGGAGAGCAUCCAGAAACACCUGGCUUUCUGCCUGGUCAAUAACAUGAGUCCUAAGGCCUUCCUGGAAGCUUAUCUGUCCCCUGGCCCAACCCUGCAGUACGGCUCUGAACGCUGGAUGGCGGAUCAGUGGACCCUGGUCAGCGAGGCCUCUGUCACCAGCGGCCUCAAGGACGGGGCAGAAUUCCUGCUGAAGUGUUUGGAUUUUAGCUUAGCUGUUGUCGUCAAGGGCAUCCCUUACAUCCGCUUGUCCGAAGAAUACGUCGACCCCAAAUCGCACAAGUUUAUACUGCUGCUCCAGUCAGAAACUUCGGUUUAACUAAAAAAAGGUUCACCACAGAACUCCUAGUAUCUGACUGAAUUUUGGAAAGAAAAACAAAAAAACAAACAUUAAAACUUUUUGUACUGUUUCCUUUUUACAUAUUUGUAUGUAGUUUUUCUCGUAGAUUUUCUUGUGUUUGUCACAGAAAACUUGAAAGUGAUCAAGGACUCAAAGCAAGAGGAAAGGCGCUCUCUGUGUGGACAUUUUCUGAGCACAAUGCAGUUAUUCCUCUAUGCAAUACAGCGGACCCUCCCGGACAUUCAUCGUUCUGUCUGCAUGUGUUCGUGUGUGUGUGUGUCUGUGCAAGAGCGGUUUAGAAGAAAUGUUCAAUUGCAAGAUGCAUCAUUGCGAUUUUGUCAUGAAUAUACAUGAAACCAUACUGAACUAAACUUUGUUUUUAAGGUAUAGAUAUGCUUAUUUAUACCCACCAAGUAUUUCAGAUGUAUGUACAGUAUUUAUAUGUGAAUAUACAUACAAACAGAUUUUAUACCACAAUUGUGUUUGUUUAGAUGCUUUUUUUUCUCAUGUUGUUAAAGUUUUGUUUUAUUGAGAUACCUGAAUUGGAGUUGGGUUCAAACCCUUUUUAUGUCUUGGCACCAAACCUUUAGUAAAUGUUUGUUUUGCCCCGGGUUUUAAUCUUUUUAAGUAUUUGCUGUUUUUUAAAGCACAUCAGCCAUGAACCUCAAGCUUUGCAAACAUCAGGAGAUGUUGGAAAGAUUUUUUUUAAAAACUGCGAGGAUCCACUUCAAAAAUACUCAAAAGACAGGAAGCUCAUCUUUUUGUUCCAGCUGACAUAAUCACUGUUUUCUGUCACAAUACUGCCACCUAGUGACAAUGUUUGGAACUGGCUCAAACACCAGCCCAGCCUUUGUUUGGUUUUUAUUUUUUUACUUCUUGCAUUUUUCAGAGUUAUUGUACAUUUAUAGUGUCAACGUGCUCAAGGAGGGUUUUGUUUCAAAGUGUUAUUGAUACCUUUUCUUACUGAACAAACAUGUGCCUCUGCUUUGUUACUUUUAUGAGCUCAGCAUUCACGCCUGUGUUUGUGAAAACAAGGAAGAAAAUCACAGACUGCUUUCCCCUGACGUGAGUCCAAAAGUCACGACUUCCAACUUGUUUCUGACGUUUUUGUACAACGGAACAUGUGAAGGCACAAAAAUAAACAUUUGUAUGAACUUUUA